AUGUAUAAAAAGAUAGAGUCUGAUGAUUUAGUGGCUAAAUUUGAUACUGAACAAAGAAAGUUAAAAGAAGAAUGGUAAGAAUGGAUGCGUAAUACAAGUGUAGAAUUAUUAAAGUUAUCUCCUUUUCUUGUUUUGAGUCCAUGUUCAUCAAUAGCUGAAAUGUAUUAGACAUUGGCAUAUGAAUUAUUUAAUAUCGCAUUCGAUUCAGCAUGGUAUUUCCUAAAUGAUAAACAUAAAGAAUUAAUGGUUCAACAUUUAGUGAGGGUUAUUAAUCAGAAAAUAUACCUCUUUAGAUUUCAUAAACCAUUUUAAAUUUAGCAGAAUUUAUGUAACAUGAUAAGGAAGGAUUACAAAUUGAUAUUAGUUCUUUGGGAGAAUAAGCUGAAAAAUGUAUGGCUUAUGCUAAAGCUCUUUGUUAUAGAGAACAUGAAUUUAAGACUGCCAAUUUAAAAGCAAUUUAAUCAUUAAUAUCUCUGUAUACAAAUUUGGGAUUGCAAGAAUCAGUAAUGGUUUAUUAACUUAUGCUAAAUAAUCUUUAAAAAUUUAAGUCUAAAAUACAGAUUAUGAGAGAUUAAAAAAAUGGGAUGAAGCCUUAUAAGAAUAUAGAUAAUAAUAAUUAAAAUAAGAAAAUGAUUAAAAAAUGGAUUUAGCGAUAAAAUUAGUUGUUCCCAAAAUGA